AUGGUUUCGAAAACCACGCGAGCUUCUAAUGCAGAAGCAAGAAAGGCGGCUGCACGCAUGCGUGCAGCCGCGGAAAGUGCCUCUCACACCUUAGCAGCAAGUGAUUCUUCGCCUGUUGUUGUGAAUCGUCCACGUGGUAAGUCACCACGUGCGACAGGUACAUUCGUUGCGCCUGCAGCGGGUACUGCGAGUCGUAAUCAAGAUGAGUCUGAGAUAGAGCUCAUCUAUUCUGGCGAGUCGGAUGAUGUUUUCGACUCGAAGGCGACUCCUCACGUCUCUGGAUCACCCGGAGCGGACACUGCAAGAGACAGGUUGACUGGAUCUGGUCAACGCGGUGCUAUCAUGUCCGAUAUCUUCGGAUCGAGUGAUUAUUUGGACGAAUCUCCGCCUCACGCAAGUCCAUUUAACGAUAGGACGCGUGGGAUGGUGGUGAUGUAUAGGUUCAUCACAGCCAUCCCCACGCGUCCUAACGAGCGAAGUAAUUUUAGGGAUCGGGGUAACACUGGUGCUAGUGCUCAUGCUGGCAUCAAUCAAGAGGCCAGGGACCGAAAUUUCCUGCGCCACGCUCCCCAAGUGGAGUCUUCGUGGAUGCCGCCAUCCAGAGAGUUGGACCGGUUGGCCGACACGACUACCGAACGGGAUCGAAUCCCGUUGUUCGAUUGCAGGAAGAUUUGCCCGCCUGAUUCCAGCACAGAAACUAUCCGUGCUGAGGAAGAGUUCUUCACCGAUGCGUUCUUCAAACAUCAAUGGUACAAUAGUAGCCGUGUACGAGACGGCGAAGCCUUGGUGAAAGGAUGGUAUGCCCUCAUCCACAACAUCGAGUGCAUUGGCCGUGAGGUCUGGCUCGCCAAACUUGAUGCUGCCCGCAUCAGGUUUGAGAAACGUAACCCAGUCUGGGGGCGAUACAAGUUGCACCGGCUUUCAAGAGAGGCAGUAUUACCCUGUCUCUCGUGGGGUGUUUCGUGUCCUGGUUGCCUGGACAACUCGGACUGUGCCCCUAGGGAGACCUUCCUCCCUAGUGAUCUCUACUGGAGGGCGCGCAUCUCUUUCAAGAUAACCGAAGGGAUUGACACCUUGCAAUCCCUGUACUCACGUUCGGAGAAGUCGUUUUUCGACGGCCCUUCUUCAAACGCAGCGGGUGGGUCUUGUCAUAUUGCUUGA